CAUAUGAAAUGUUUAGGAUCGGUGAUAAAUUUUCUUACAUAUUUGGCUUACCAUACUCCUCCUAUGCAAGCACGAGCGAGAUGUUCAGCUGAAAAUGAUGUCUCAAAUGUUAACCAAGGAGCUAAUUGAAACGUUAGAGAAGGAGUUGAGUGAAGAGGAAUGGAUAAAAGUCAGUGGCAUCCUCAAGCAGCAUACUUCGUCAUCCUGUUCAGCAUCAUCUACAGAUCAUGAAGCAAAGAAAGUCAAGAAGAAAGCAAAGAGCUCUAAAAUUCCAAGGCCAUUUGACUUUAAGAAAUACAACACGAGGCAUGUAGCUCUGAAGAUCACCUAUCUAGGAUGGGAUUAUCAUGGUUUCGUUGUGCAAGAAGAUUCUAAUAACACAGUAGAGCAUCACCUGUUUGAAGCUCUCACUAAGACGAAGCUGAUCGAGAGUCGUCAGACAUCUAACUACUCUCGCUGUGGACGAACAGAUAAAGGAGUCAGCGCCUUUGGCCAGGUUAUUGCCAUUGACCUUCGUACCAACUUACUUCAAGGUGUAGGGGUCAUUCAGAGGCUAGAUGGUACAGCCCACGAGAGAACAGGAAACACAACCGAGGAGAUCAACUACCCUUUGAUGUUGAACCGUGUUUUACCAAGUGAAAUCAGAGUCAUAGCAUGGACACCAGCUGAACCCAGCUUCCAUGCAAGGUUUGAUACACUACACAGAACAUACAAGUACUUCUUCCCUGCUGGUGAUCUAGAUACAAAGCUGAUGAAUGAGGCCUCUCAAAAGCUUGUUGGAACCUUUGAUUUCAGGAACUUCUGCAAGAUGGAUGUAGGCAAUGGAGUAGUGAAGUUUGUAAGAACUAUCCGGUCUGCUGAAAUUAGAAAGCUAGAUGACAGUUCAGGUGGCUUUCAGAUGUGUGAGUUCACUAUAAGUGGUCUAGCCUUCCUCUAUCACCAAGUCAGAUGUAUCACAGCUAUCCUCUUCUUGAUUGGACAACACAAGGAGAAGCCUGAGAUAAUUGAUCAGCUGCUAGAUGUGGAGAAUGAGCCAUGUAAACCCCAGUAUGCAAUGGCAGCAGACUUUCCUCUGGUUCUCUAUGAUUGUGCCUAUGAAGGAAUAUCAUGGAGAUAUGAUCAAUCAAUUCAUGAGAAGAACAUCAAUCAAUUCCAAGAAAUGUGGACUGGUCACAUGGUUAGGGCAUCCAUGAUGCGUGCCAUGUUAGAAGGAUUGACAACCGUUCCUGUUACCACUCAAUCAAAUAAAUAUUAUACAGAUGAGACUAUUCGUUGGUGUGAUGCCAGACCACCUAUACAGAGGCAGGCUACCAGUCUCGUUGUAGGCUUACCAUCUAAACAUCACAGACCACUAUUAGACAGGAAAAGGGGAGAGAGUCUGGAGAACCGGAUAGAGCAUUUUGCCAAACGAAGAAAAGUUGAAGAUGCCCCCUCAGAAGAAUCGUCAUGAUAGUAGCCCCUACCCAGGACCAUUCCUUGGGGAAACAUUAUCAGCUCGAACCCAGUUAUGAUCACAUCAAAAUCGUGGGAGAUAAUUGGGAUUCCAUUAAUUAGAAUUCCACCCUGAUAUUAAGUUGCUUUAAAUAGAAGCAAACUGAUGACAGGAACAGGCCAGUAAAAGUUUGAGUAAAAUCUGUCAUCAGCGAAAUAACAAAUUGGCAAGUGUGAUGUAUCUUGUGAGGUCCUUUCCAAAUGGCUUUGUACAGAAAUUUCAUAAACUUUCCUUUUCUUACUUAUUGACGAUAGAAUAUAUUUGUUUCAUACAGGGAUUGUGUAGAAACAUACUCGUCAGAAUUAUAUUUAGAGUGCAUGUAUGAUUGAACAUUUUCUUAACUGUGGAGCGCCAGGAGUGUCAAGUCUGACAGACAGGAGCGCUGUACAAGAACCCACUAUUAUGAUUAUUAAA